AGGCACAGUCACUCUUGAACUCGAGGUGGUGUCAGUUACCCGUACUUGUAUAUUAUUUAUUAUCUGUGCCCGUCUAUCAUGGAGAGCAUACCAAAAAACCCUAUGUUAGAAUACAGGGAUGACACUAUGAAAUUCGUUCGGGAACAAUACAAUUUGAACACACCAGCCAGGAUUAAUGAAGCCAUCGAUAUCUUGGAGGAGUGGAUUAAAAAACAGAGCCAUUUUGGAAAGACCGAUUUUUCUCGGGAAUACCUAGAAAGAGCCAUCAUUAUUUGCAAGGGUUCUACAGAAAAAGUAAAGAAGAAAUUGGACAAAACCUGCACAUUUAGAACCCUUAUGCCUGCGUUUUUUGAACUCCAAGACCCAAGAUAUCUUGUCAAAGGUUACAAAGAUAUUGUUAUCGAUGGUUUCCUUCCAAAACUCACGAAGGAUCACUACCGCGUGUACGUGCUAAGGAACAUAGGAAAACGUUUCGAAAGCAGUUUCAGUAAUUAUUACAAAUUCACGAUUAUGUUAUGUGAGUAUCUCCAACGAUAUGAUUAUUGCAACGGUGUUCUGGUGUUGUUCGACUAUCAAGAGGCAAAUAUAUUGGAAUUGCUGAAGAAUAUUAGUAUAAUGGAACUACGACAGGCGCUGACUAUUGUUGUUGAGGGUUAUAGUUUCCGCAUCAGAGGCCUACAUUUCCUUACACCAUCCAAAACAAUUGAAACCUUCAUAAACCUGGUUGUGAAGCAAGUGUUGAAUGAAAAGCUGGUUAACCGCAUCCACGUACAUAAAGACAUAGCUUCUUUAACAGAACAUAUACCCUUGGAUAUAUUACCUUCUGAAUAUGGUGGUAAAGAGAAAUCAAUGGAAAAAAUACAUAAUGAGCUACUAGACGAGUUAUGUAAAAAGGAUUUUAUGGACUAUCUUCAAGAAAUGAGUGCUGCUAAAACCGACGAAUCAAAGCGACAAACAGAAAAGUUCUACGAACAGUAUUUAGGCAUGCCUGGCUCAUUCAGAACAUUAAGUGUGGACUAAACUAAAAGUGGUGAUAUUAAAGAUGGUGUGGACGUUGUAAAUAACUUUUCUCAAAUUUGGCUGCACUGACUUUAGCGAUAACAAACAUGUCAAAGUAACGGUUAGGGAAAAUAUGAGCUGCACCAUUUGAUAAUUUUAUAUAUGACUUCUUUAUUUUUACGCUGACUAUAACCGUGUUUUAGCAAUUAAAGUUAAAUAACUGUGAAAAAAUACAAAAUAAGCUGUCAAUUGACUUAUGACUUUGAAAACUUUUGCUAUGCUAAAAAAUACGCUGGUGCAAUACAUUUCGCUGUAAAAGUCACCGUUACUGUUAUUGUUAAAUUUGACAUUAAUUAAUCUUUACUUUAACUAGGUAAAAGAUGGUGCAACCAAGCCUAUUCAUUUAGUGUUGUUAUAAUACCGGAUAAUGUGUAUGACAAUGUUAUUGGAUGAU